AUGGAAGAUCAUCUUGUUGGUGGGAUUCUACCGCGUGAACUCGGCCUUGCUGCCACAAGGGAUCACUUGGCCCGCCCAUUCGUCGCAGGCAUUGCUGCUGCCGCUCCAGGCCGGGCCACAGCCACCGAUGGCAGAAACACUGCUUGCUUGGGUCAGGGCUGUAUUAACCGCAGCCCCCGCCGGUGCUCUUACUACCGCAUCCAUUUCACAACAUCCUCCUGUCCACGGUGGAUAGCUAGCCACAGCGGUGUACUCAUGCGGCAGUUGUGA